AUGGAUGUUGCUUCUAAUCAAAUUUUUGUUCCGUUAAAUCCAGAUGAAUUCGAAUUUUCCAUUGGCAAAUCAAGUAAAUUGCCUAAAACAUAUAAAGUGUUCUAUUUUUUAGAGAAAAAUAAGUUACAAAUUGCGAACCCUACAUCCGAAAAGAAGAAACUCGCUUACAAUAUUCAUAAUAUUAAUACAAUAUGCAAAACUCAUUCGAUUUAUAUAAAUUCUAUAUCAGAAACGAUAUCAUUUGGUAACUCCUAUCAUGAAGGCCUAUAUAAUCACUCUAUAACACCAAAUCAAGAUUAUUGCUACUAUUUCUCAGGGAUAAGCGAAUUUUCUGUAUCAUUUACUUACUUAUUAAAGCACGAUGAUUACAUAUCUAUCAAUGAUUUGAAAUUUACUGAAGAAGGAUUCCAAGAUUCAGUAAUUGAAGUUGAUAAUAUUCAUUGGCAUACGGGUUCAAAAGCGAAAUCCCAAUACUUAUACUUGUAUGUUAACCAAAUGAGUAACGUAAUAAGCCCUUAUACAGGAAAACUCCAUGAAAGUGUUGCGAAAUCUGUUGAAAAUAUUACAAUUACCAGUAACGAAACUAAAACUGGAAUGAACAUACCUGAACACGAAAAUGAGGAGAAAGAUGAUCAUGAAAACAAAGGUGAUUAUCGCGUUUACAUUUACUCGAUUUCAACAUUAUUUAUAGUAAUAAUAGUAUGUGCAUGCUUAGUUACGUUAUCCUUCUACUUCAAAAAAGAGAAUUACGAGCCUGAAAUAGCAAAAAUUUCAGAAGAUUCCGAUUCUGCACCGUCUGAAAUGUUAGAGCUAGCUGGCAUUGAAGACCCUCUUGUUCCUCCAGAAAUUGAACCUGAAACUACAAAUGAAAACUAA